UUGCUUUAAAUAUUGAGAAAAUAUCUAAUAAAAUGGAGGCUUCGAGAUGAAGAAUAUAUACAACAAUGAGCUUAAUGGUCAUGUUUGGAGGGGGAUGAAUCGUAGUAAUAAAGCUACUAAAUUCCUCCCUUUCUGAAGGGGAGUACUUCCACCACCCCUUCUUCCUCACCUUGCUCUUGUUUAUAGGAGAGAUGUGAAGUUUUAUAGUCGUGUGGGUCAAGGAUUGGAUAGAUAAAUAGGAAAUAUCCACUGUCUCGUUCUAGUAGUGAAAGUGGAGCUCAUGAAUCAUCUGAGAACAAUCCUGAGGCUUUACUUAUUAGAGAGAAGAGACUCAGAACUGAUUAUAACCCACUAGUUUUGGCUAUCCCUAUGCUUUGUGAUGUGACUGCUACUAUUCUGAUGAUUGUAAGUUAUAUCAAUGUACAAGCGAGUGUGGCUCAAAUGAUAGGCUCUUCCAUUAUAUUUGUAGUUGCAAUUGAAGCAGUUUUUUUCUUAGGGAAAUAAACUUUACAGACAUCAUUACCUAGGUGCAACUUUGGUAGUAAUCGGCCUAUUAUUGGUUGCGCUAUCAGCAUUUCUACAUGAGAGUGAAACUGUAGAUGGGAAUACUCCUUUGGCAAUUAUUACUGCUUUUCUGUCCUCAAUUAUGCAGGGAAAUCAGUUUAUCACUGAAGAAAAGUUAUUAAGGACAUACCAUUUAAGGUCCUUUGAGGUAGUGGCAUGGGAAGGUUUAUGGGGCUGAAUAUUACUUGUCUUAAUCCUUCCAGCCCUGCAAUAUAUCCCUUGAUCAAAUUCUAUAUGCAACCAUGGCGUUGUGGAAGACUCUCUGUUUGCACUAAAGCAGAUAUUUUCAGAGCCUAGGAUGAUAAUCCUUUGAAUUUUAGUGUUCUUUUUCAUCUGUAUUUAUAAUGGAUUUGGACUGGCUGUUACCAAGAUGAUAUCCUCUACUAAUCGUGUAGUAGUCCGACAAAUGAAGAUCGUCCUUAUUUGGAUUUUCUUUCUGGUUUAUCCAUAUGAGGGUGGAGAAUCAUUCAAACCAUUACAAUUAAUCGGCUUCAUAGUUCUUGUUAUUGGAGUUUUCUUAUAUAAUGAAGUCAUUGUUAUUCAUCAUCUUGGCUUUGCAGAUCACUUGGACAUCCGCAAAGAUCAAGAAGAUAACCAUAGCAAUGAAUAUGUUGAGUUUGCACGUAAUAACUCAAAUAGUCAAUAGGAAUAUCUUUCAAA